GUCAGACCAGGAAGCCAGCAGCAAGAUCCUGGUGGCUCCUUGCUCAGUGCUAGCCGGCAAUCUUUGAGUGAGUGCCACCAACAAAUGGCUUGAUCGCCCUCUCAAAUGGGACUUGGUGGUCCUCCUGAUCAAGGAUUUGACUCCUUUUUCCUGCUAAUGGCAUCCCUUAUCUGACUUGUUUGCCCUUCUGUGUGCAGUCUUCUCCAUGUGGAGCAGGUGUGGGAUAUGAAGGUGGUCCGGAGUGGGCAGGGAUGGUGGAAUGUCAGCUUUCCAUUCAGUGACAACUCACACUCGGCCCAGCUCUCUGGAGGUCUCCCAGUGGAUCCCAUCUCUGAAGACAGCCUCCUUGACCUGUUUUGGAGAAAGAUGCAUCUGUUCCGCAGCUGCAGCUACCGGAUCCAGCUGGAGGGACAGGUGGGCAGUGUUCCACGGAUCCAGGGCAUCCGAUGGACCCCUCUUCCAGACCAUGAAUCAGCCCUGGUGCCUGGCCACAGCCUAAAGCAGGCUUCUUCGAACAAAAUUCAGAGAGCAGGGAGACUCCUUGGUGCUCACUUAGUAAUCAUGUAUCCAGACUUAAUUCGUGACCACAAGUACCAUCUCCGGCUUUUCAGGCAAUGCUGUUCUGGGAAGGAGCUGGUGGAUGCUCUAUUAAGCGCUGGGCUUUCAGUACAGACCCGCAGCCAGGCCCUUGGACUCUGCCAGGUGCUGAUGGAUGAAGGUGUUCUGGCUCAUGUUCGACAGGAGAGCUAUUUCCAAGACCGGGAUGUCCAGUUCUUCCGCUUUGUGGCCCUGGAGCUGAAUACUGAAGACCGGGAUAGUGAGGAACUGUUGGAGGCAGUGGCUUUGCUCACACAGUUGGGCCCUAUGGCACUGCUUACCACCAUCCUGAGAAAACCCCCUGGGCAGCGGACAGAUGAGGAGCUUGCACUGAUUUUUGAGGAACUGCUGCAUAUAAAGGCUGUAGCCCAUCUGUCCAGUUCAGUGAAGAGAGAACUGGCUGCUGUCUUGCUGUUUGAAUCCCAUGCAAAAGCUGGAACUGUGUUGUUCACCCAAGGGGACAAGGCCACCUCCUGGUAUAUCAUCUGGAAGGGAUCGGUCAAUGUUGUGACACAUGACAAGGGCUUGGUAUCAACACUACAUGAGGGUGAUGACUUUGGGCAGCUAGCACUGGUGAAUGAUGCCCCACGUGCAGCCACCAUCAUCUUCCGGGAAGACAACUGUCACUUCCUCCGUGUAGACAAACGGGAUUUCAACCGCAUCCUCAAGGAUGUUGAAGCCAACACCCUGCGGCUCAAGGAGCAUGGGACGGUGGUGCUAGUUCUCGAAAAGAAUUCACCAGGCAGUAACCCCAGCCACCUUCCUGGAACUCCAGGGAGCAGUAGGUACUCAGUAAUGGCUGGCACCCCCGAAAAAAUACUUGAUUAUUUCCUGGAAGCCAUGCGUCCUGAUUCCAUGCUCUCUGAUCCUGUAGACACCUUUCUUGGAGAUUUUCUCCUGACCCAUGAUGUGUUCAUGCCAACACCACAGCUGUGCAGAACUUUGCUCCAGCACUUCCAUUCAGAACCUUCAGAGGGCACUGACCAGGAAAAGGCUUCUUAUAUUUUGAACAAAAGACAGAAGAUUUUGCGGCUGGUGAAUCAAUGGGUGCUAUUGUAUGGGCGCUUGCUUCAGGCUGAACCCAGUGCCAUGGCCUUCUUACAGAAUCUCUCAGAGUAUGCCACUCAGGACACUCGUCUGGGACCUCUGCUUAAAGAACAGUUGCAAGAUCGGCGAAGAAACCGAGUCUUAGAAAAUGGCAGCAACAAUGCAUCACCAAAACUUCAGGCACGAAAUGUGGUGGACUGGUUUGCCAGACAGGAGGAGCCAUUCCUGAACAGCAGCUACACCAUCCGAGCGAAAGACAAAGUAAUGUAUGACAUCUACAGGCCAGACUGUUCCUGCCUCACAGCACUGCUCCAGGUGAAUGCAUCAGUGCAGGAAGUUCUCUCAUCAUUGACAGACAGUCAUGGCUGGAGCAAAGACUGGAUCCUGGUGAAGGUCAAUUCAGCAGGGGAUAAAGAGGUAUUGCCCAUGGAAGCUUUUGGAGUGUUUACAUCAUUGGGACUGAAUGAGAGACUCUUUGCUGUCACUGCUCAAGAACUUCACACACUGGCCCCCCACCCUGAGCAGCUUGGCCCCUCUGUGGGUUCCUCAGAAAUCUUAGAUUUCAUCAGUUCCAAAGACCUGGCCAACCAACUCACUGAGCAUGACUGGAACCUCUUCAAAAGCAUCCAUCAGGUGGAGCUGGUCUACUACAUUUUUGGGCUACAGAAGUUUCCCAAUGCAACGACAGCCAACCUGGAGCGCUUCCUGCGUCGUUUCAAUGAGCUGCAGUUCUGGGUCACCACUGAGCUUUGCCUUUGUCCGGAUAUUAUCAAGAGGGCACAGCUGCUCCGGAAAUUCAUAAAGAUGGCAGCACACCUAAAGGACCAAAAGAACCUGAAUACUUUCUUUGCAGUGAUGUUUGGACUAAGCCAUUCAGCUGUCAGCCGCCUCUCGAGGACCUGGGAGAAGCUUCCACACAAGACGCGAAAGUUGUAUGGCAGCAUGGAACGAAUGCUGGACCCAUCUUGGAAUCACCGGAUCUAUAGGCUGGCCAUGGCCAAACUGACUCCACCCAUCAUCCCCUUUAUGCCCCUCCUUCUUAAAGACAUGACCUUCAUCCAUGAGGGAAACCGCACAUCAGUGGAGAACCUCGUCAACUUUGAGAAGCUGCGCAUGAUAGCCAAAGCUGUUCGUUUGGUACAUCAUUGCCGGAAUCACCCCAACCUUCCACUGUCACCUUUGAGGAAUCGUCCCCAGCACCUCCUAGAAGAAGCUCGAGCUAUGCGUGCCUCCACCUGUUCAGAGCAGUCCCUCAGUACUCGGAGCCCAGCUGCUACCUGGGCAUACCUCCAGCACCUGAGAGUGAUUGACAAUCAGAAGGAACUUCUGCAGCUCUCACGAGACCUCGAAUCCUGAUCCUAUAAGAAACACAGCCUAUAGGACAUGAGAUGUAUAUAUUGUCCAACAAGGGCAAGAACUGCUAGGAAGGGCACAUCAUCGCGCAUUAGCCCUGCCAUUUAAGACUAAGCAACGGGAGCCAAGAUCCUGAACCAAGAGGAGAGUUCAUCGUUCCCCUGGUGGUGCCUUUGAUCUCCAUCCUGGAGCCAGCAGAGUGUGUGCCAGCUGUGCCUAGGUCAGAGGAAGGAGGUGCCUGCUGCUACCCCUGAUGCUUUUGGAAGCUGAAAAAUAUCCAGUUGGAGUUUUGUUUUUUGUUUUUUGUUUUGUUUUGUUUUUUAAGUUGCUUUAUAGAACACUUUUGGCUGCCUUAUAGUGAAGGAGACAAAAGUUUCUAAUUCUUACUUAUCAGUGUUCAACAGAAGUGUGGUUUAAAAACAAAAGCAUGUGACAAGACAUGUAUUGCUAUGUCUGGUGGACUGUAACUUUCUGAUCAAUGCCCUUGUUCUACCUUUUGAUGGUCAUUGUAGUUCAGGUGUGGAAGGAAACAUCUGGGAGUAUCUUUCAGGUAGAGGCUGAUUACACCCAGGGUCAGCCCAAGGCAUUUUACUGACUAGAACAAAUGAGAGGAGUCCCAUGCCAUGCACAGACUCCAUUGGACUGGUGUUUGGGUCUGAAUUCCAUGCUGAUGAUCAGGCAGCAUCCUCCACCUCUUCUGAAGCAGCCAGAUAUUUUAAAGGAGGGGAGGCAGGCAGGACAAGGUUAUGAGGCAUAUACAACACAAAACAGGGGAACAGCUGAAGAUCCAGGAAGAACAGCAAGGCUACCAUUGCCGCCCUCCUUAUCUGCUACCUGGGGCAGUUGCCUCACUUUGCCUAAUGGUUGGGCCACCUUUGAUUUGACCAGGUGACUACUUUCCAUGUUACUUUGACUUUUGAUUGUCUAUGAAACAUAACUUUCCCAGUUGAGCAGGAAAUAGAACAGGCAGUGGGAGCAGAAAUAAGGUCACUGCAGAUGUUGUGAUGAUAGGGUGGGAAGGUGUCAGUGAAAGCCAUAUUUAUCAGGAAAUGGCUGGCUGCCAAGCCACUGGGAACCUGCUUUGAUCUACCCAGGAAAAGCAGGCUACAAAUAAAUGAUUUAUUAUUAUUAUUUAUAUUUGUGUAAAUCACUCACAGAAUUUGGGUUGUAGUGUCUGGUUUCCUGCUUAUAUCUCUCGGCUAUUCUUUAACCCACCAGGAAGAAGCAGCACAGAUCCGAUGAUGGUCUGAAGACAAUGUUCUCUUUUGUAUCUUCUUGCAAAAUCCUGGGCAGUGAUAGAUGGGGAGAGACGAAUCUAUGACUUUUGUUGAUCUCAAGUUCUUUGUACCCCCUUUAAAAAAUGUGUGUGCAUUUUGGCAACUUCUUAUUUUAAAAAAAUCAAAAUGAAUGAAAUCCUCACACAUCUUCACUGGUCAAAUUCAAUAGAUACAUCUAUUGUUAGCAUUGACAAACCAUUUUGUACCUUCCAGUUAUGUAGAUGUUCAAGGUAGAGAAUGUCUCUAGCUCAAAAAAAAGUGGACAAUCCUGUUAGCAUCACAAAACUAGAGAGGGUUCCAGACCAGAGUUUGAAGAAGUAAGCACUCAAAAGCCAUUUUCCUGUGUAUAUGAAUCUAUCCAUGUUCUGUUCUUCCUCAUUAGGUGCAUUAAAAAAAAUCAUGGUCAUCCCAUCCUAUGUAUGAAGAUAUUUGUGCAUUUGUAUAAUUUAUUCUCAAAGAAAGAAACCAAAUAAAUUC